CCGUCCAGGGCAAGAACUUCCGCCACACGGACGGAGCAUGUUCCAUUGUACCGAGCAGUUCUAAAAGAGUGUCGCAGUUUUGGAGGUGUCAACUGUUAGAAUUCCGUUAAAGUUGCUUUGAUUGUGGUGACCGGCUGUCGCUACAUAGUGAAGAAAUCAGAUGAGGUCGUUGACGACAGAGUAACGGGCGACUGCAGGGACAGAGUGCGGUGGUUCUCACCGAAGGAAUUCCAUCCAGCCUCAGCGGCGGCUCUUCCACCUUCUUCCGCCGGUUAGCACUGUAGUAGCUAAAUAGCGCUAGCCGCGGUUUGUUUUAACUCCCGUGAAUCCGAUGAGUGGAAUGUUUUUAACCCGGAGGCAUCUCAGUUCGAGUCGGUCAGAAACACAGACGACGAAGGCUGUUAGCUGCGGGAUUAGCCGCUAAACCGAGUUAGCUACUUGGCUAGCCAACUGUCGGGUCGCCUUGAUUAAAAACAAACAAACAAAAAAAAAACAGCACGACGUGUAGUCAGAUACAAACGUUGUUCUGGUGAAUAUUUAUUGCUUGGACUUGAAUUUCACCGCAACCGCGCAGAAUGAAUGGGUUCAGCACAGAAGAGGACAGCCACGACGGCCCGCCGGCUCCACCGUUUUACGGCCAGAGCUGCUGUCUGAUCGAGGACGGGGAGCGCUGCGGCCGCUCGGCUGGAAACGCCUCCUUCAGCAAGAGAAUUCAGAAAAGCAUAUCGCAGAAGAAACUGAAGCUGGACAUCGACAAGAGUGUGCGGCAUCUCUACAUCUGUGACUUUCACAAGAACUUCAUUCAGAGCGUCCGCAACAAGAGAAAGAGGAAGACGAGUGAUGAUGGAGGGGAAUCCCCUGACCACGAUGUGGAAGUGCCUGAGGUGGAUUUGUUCCAGCUGCAGGUGAACACGCUGAGACGCUACAAGCGACACUACAAGCUGCAGACCAGACCCGGCCUCAACAAGGCCCAGCUGGCAGAGACCGUGAGUCGUCACUUCAGGAAUAUACCUGUGAACGAGAAGGAGACGCUCACCUACUUCAUCUACAUGGUGAAGAGCAGCAAGAGCCGCCUGGACCAGAAGGCCGACGGAGGCAAACCCCUGGACUAAGCUUCCCUCUGCCGUAACCCCAGCAACAGCUCCACACCAAACCUGGACACCACUAUCAGCAGCAGCUCCGCCUCCGUCCCCUUCCCACUGUCGGACCAGAACCUUUGCCGUCCUCUCAGGACGUUAAACAGAACUGGAGGAGACGUGGAGGAAGGACGAGUUUGCUUUCUCACCGUCACUGACCUCUCCAUAAGGUCUGUGGAGAAGCAGGGCUCACUGCGGAGAUUUACGUCGUAAUACUGUAAAAAAAACAAAAAAACAAUACAGCAUCUGACCUGAAAUAACUCAGCUGAAUGAAAUGUACAAUAUUGCUGCCUUAAGAGUUUAAAAAAUGGAGAAACAAAAAACA